GCUCAAAAGAUGGGACUCAGUCUCACUGAGGAAAAAAACUACUGCUUCACCUACCACCUUCACCUAGACACCGAUACCCUCAGGUGUCCCUCGGGGCUCCGUCUCUGCAAGCUUGGUAAAGCUGGCGUCCGACGACUCCUGGAGGAGAGUAAGUUCGACAAGAAUUUUCCUCUGGAACCAAUGUUGAGAUUUAACCAAAAAGUGCCAUCAGUAGGCGUGUUCUUGGACAAUAGUACCAAGGAGGACACUCUGGUAGCCCUGGAGAAUAUAUUGCCAGCUGGAGACGAGGAUAUACCCAUCUCCUUGAUUGCGUCAGCUAAGAACGGAGCCUUGGGCAUGCUGAGAACGGAGGAAAGCUACAAAAAGCAAGGCCUCGGAACUCUCGUGACCAGGGCAGCUGCGAGGUUACAGGCAAACCAGGGCUACUUCCCUCUUGCCAAUGUAGAACUUGACAACAAAGCCUCUCGGGCUAUGUUUACCAAAAUGCCAGAAUUUAUCAAUACACACAUUGUUUCUUGGAUGUUCCAAGACAUUGGUGAUACUUAUUAAUAAAUUUUACAUGGAUAUUAGAAGUGCAGGAAAAUGGCCAUUUAGGUAUAAGGAAGAAAGUCAAUUUUUACUUCUUAUUACCA